GUCACUGCAAGAUAAACUAUCUGCCCUUAUGGCACGACCAGGACAAGAUCCAGUGGCUAAAGACGAUGUUCCAUGGUGGAUGAGAUUUGCUGGAAGAGGGGUUGGAACAUUUGGAGGAUUUAUUGCAAUGUUUCUGGGAAUAUGGCUCUGCGUCAGUUUUUCCUUCGGUUCAAUUGUAGCUGGUUUGUGGCAAAUUGUAGCUGGAUUUAUUGUUUUAAGCUGUGAAGCACCAUGCUGCUGUAUGUUUGUGGAACAUAUUCAAAAACUUGCUGAUUUUAUAGAUGGUAGACCCUACUGGAAUAGAGCUGCUGCAUAUGGCAUACUUGCCUUACCGCCAAUUAUACUAAGCUUCGGACUGACUGCGAUAUUCGGUAGCGGAUUCAUCUUUCUGACUGGGGUAAUAUAUGGAAUGAUGGCGUUAGGGAGAAAGGCUACAGCUGAAGAGAUGCGACAAGCAGCGACUGCAGAGGAAAACGCAGUGCCACCAUCAAAAGGUAUGCGAUCGAAUCUUGUCGCUCACGCUCAGCCUAUCAGUUUCAGCGGUGCGCCGGUUUUUGACAGCAAUGUCUGA